AUGCACUCUGAGAUUAUUUGCAUCCUUUUUCUUUCAACAGCCUUCAGCGGUGAUCAUUUGACUUGCGACUGUUUUCGUCUUGAUGAUUUUGAAGAUGUAUAUAGCGGGAGUGGCCGCGACCCCGACGUAGACUGUGGCCCCAAUGCGGUUCCCUGUAACAUCUCUCACUGCAUCUGUGAAGACGGGUUCAGGUCCAUCUCUGGAAAAGAGCCUUUCCUUGGUACCAGUGAGUCCAGCUGUGAGGAAAUCCCCCUUCACUGUCGAUCAGAUUUCAUGAGAGAAAAUGACUACGUGAAGAUGUGUUUGAAUGGAUCACAGCAGAUUGACUUGGAUAAUAGGAAAAACAGCUCGUUCUGUUCGCUGGUCAAUUCCACCCUCAGCCUCCUGACACCUGCCUGUGAGAACAUCAGCUUGACCACAUCCCUAGAGGAGACAGCGGCAUCCUUCGAACACGUCCUUGCUGACAGCUCCCUCUGGAGCAUCGAAAGCAAGGAGGAAGUCGCUUCUGCUGCGACGCUGUUUCUGCAGAGUUUGGGGUCGGCCGCAGUGACAGCUGCCCUCGUCUCUCCGGAGAACCAAACCCAGACUGUGACCACCAAGCUAAUGGCGAUUCAGACGAAGCUCACCGAUGAGAACUGUAGUCUGCAGAGCGAGGUACUUGGGUUCCGUGCUCACGAAGACAGAAUGGAUAUUCACUGCACUGCCAUCACUGACGCUGACAUGGAAGGUUCUGCUGCUGUCGCUUUUAUCUCCUACGUGGGGCUGGAGUCCCUACUGGGAGGGAGAUUUUUGCAGGAUGAAAAUCCAGGGAGCGAGGCAAGACCAGAACAGGUUCACGUGAACUCCAGAGUGGUGAGCGCCUCCACCAGCACCUGGAAGAAGAAGCUUUCCAGUCCCAUCAACCUCACCUUCCAGCACCUCGAGGACAAGACUCUGCUGGAUAGGGCCAUCUGCGUCCACUGGAACUCUACAGGCCAGGAUGGUGUCUGGUCCCCCCAGGGCUGCCAGCACCUUCACUCCAAUGUCACUCACACACGGUGCAGCUGUCGCUACCUGGCCAGCUUUGCGGUGCUGAUGGCGCCUGGUAUCAUUCAGGUGGAUUUUGCCCUGUUCGUUAUCAGCCAAACCGGGCUCAUCAUCUCCCUGAUCUGUCUUGUCCUGGCUAUCAUCACCUUCCUCUUCUGCCACCCCAUCCGUAACACCAGCAGCACCUUCCUCCACCUGCAGCUCAGCAUAUGCCUCUUCCUGGCCGAUCUCCUCUUCAUAGUGGGAAUAGACAAGACUUACAACAAGCUCAUGUGUUCCAUCACCGCCGGCUUGCUGCAUUACCUCUUCCUGGCUUGCUUUGCCUGGAUGUUUCUGGAAGCGAUGAGUCUGUACCUCAUCGUCAGGAAUCUGAAGGUGAAAAAUUAUGCAGGCACGGGCAGAUGCACAAGAAAAUACAUGUACGCCUUUGGCUACGGACUCCCAGCAGUGAUUGUGAUCACGUCUGCAGCCAGCGCGCCCAGCAGCUAUGGAACUCCUUAUCACUGCUGGCUCAAUCCUGAUAACGGUUUUAGAUGGAAUUUCCUUGGGCCUGUCUGCGCCGUGGUUGUGGUUAAUUUAGUAUUUUUCUGCCUUACUCUGAAGCUUUUGCGAGAGCAUCUUUCCUCCCUCAAUGCAGAGCUGUCUACUCUGAGGAACACCAGGUCACUGACUUUUAAAGCCCUGGCUCAUCUCUUAGUCCUGGGCCUCACGUGGGGGCUGGGCACCUUCCAGUUCGGCCCGCUGGCCACGGUGAUGGGGUACCUGUUCACCAUCACCAACAGCAUGCUGGGAACCUUCAUCUUCGUGGUGCACUGCCUGCUCAACAGAAAGGUGAGAGAGGAGUAUUGGAAAUUAUUUACCAGGCUUCGACGGUCAAAGGAAGAACCUUCGUCUUCCAAUAUAACUAUGUCUGCUCUCGCCUCCAGCACAGCCACGGAUCCUCCGCAAAACAGUGUCCCAUCCUACCUGCAGAAGGCAGCGAGGGAUUGAUCUCUGUCGCCUGGCCUCUCUUUAUGGGUUUUCCACUUUGUUCUCCUCCCCUGGUCUCAAAUGCAGAGGAAAGGGGUUGGCACAGUCUCAUUAAAUGCUCCUGCUGUGUCACCAAAGAAUGUCUCCAUUCUCAAGCCCACGAGCAACAAAGCCGUAAACUGGUGGAUUCUGAGCCACCAGGCAAAACUAUGAUACUUCAGGAGACCAGAGCUAUGAAAUCCGGGUCUCCAAGCCCUUCUCCCUGUGUUCAGUUCAGGUUUGGCUUAAGGAAGGCUCAGGUUGGAGCUUAAAAAUUUAAUUGAACCAAUUCACCCAGUGGCCCAGUGUGUGCCUUGUUUGAGCCUUAUCCUGAAACUGAUUCUAAACUAGGAUCUAGAGGCUGGCCUUAAGGCCCCAAAUUUGGAUCCAGAUCUGUUUUUUUCCACAUCUUGGCAUUUGGAAGGGUGUGAGAGAUCCAGGGGUUCAUCUUAGCCCAUCUUUUAUUCUUUGCUUUACGUAAUCCUGUAUCAUUCUCACUGCAAUACCGAUUCCUUUGUACUAGUCAGGCAUGAAUCUAGGACCCAGAUACUAUGGUGGUAGAUACAUAAGGUGGAAUCCUGGCUCCAUUGACGUUAAUGGCAAAACCCCCAUUGGCUUGAGUGGGGCGGGAAUUCACCCACAGAUUGUAUUGUCAGUGGGUUUCUUUUUGUAUUAUAGCUGGAGAUGGAGCCACGGAUAAGGUUAAGGUUGCCCAAGUGUUUCCAUUCCAAGCCCCUGUUUUCAAGUGUUUAUUCAUAAUUUUAAACGUUUCCUUUUCUGAAACAUUUACUUUUGGGGCUAACAUUUUCCAGGCCUGCUAAAUGAUUCUGGAAAGUUUGAGCAAAAUAUAUGGUAUAAUAUGCUAUUUCUACUAUUUGAGAAACAGUUUGUGAUCAUGUGAUUAAAGAUGGUCUUAUACAGGUAAUGUUUAGACAGAAGGUGUCAGAGUUAAGGUUGCAUGUUCAAGCUUAACUUUGCCAUUCCCUGACCUUGGAGUGAUUAGCUGAGCAGCGUUAAUGUUCUCUUGAUGUAGUUUUUCUAUAUGGAAUAUAGGCCAUUAUGGGUCUGAUUUGAUGAUGAAUAGCAGCUUACAUCAUAGGCCACGGAGCCUGGGAGGGCCAACCGGGCCAUGGCCUGACCACCUUUUGGCAAGGCCAAACCUGAGCAGUGAUGUGACCCUGCAGGCCAAGUUGCAACGCCACUCAGAUUUGGAAGGGGGUAGCUGUAGGAGCUCCCGGGUUGGAGGGCAUCAGGGGAAGAGGAGAGUCAGGCACUGGGGGGGCGGGGAACCAAUUCCUCUACACACUUUAAAUGACAAUCUGCAGGCCCUGCCUUACUUCAGCAGCCAUCUUGCUAAGGAAGGGUGGUCCAGUGGUUAGGGCCCUGAUGUAUGACUUGGGGGAGCUGGGGUCAGGGCCUGGCUCUACACAGAUUUUCUGUGUGACCUUGGGCAAGUCACUUAGGACCAGAUUUUUACAGGGAAUUAAUCCCCUAACUUAAUUCCUAAGUUGCUUUUGAAAAUGAGUUAGGCGUUGCAAUGCUGAACAGAACAAUGCCUGAAUACCUUGAACAAUCGGGGCUCUAGCCCUUCUGCACCUCAGUUCCCCAUGUGCAAAAGGUGGAUAAUAGCACCUAAGAUACAGCCAGAUUUUCAGGUGAUGAAAGGUGGCAUCACUCCCGAUUGACAAUUGCUGAGGAUCCAGCCCAUGGACUUCAGUGCAUCUGCUUGGAGACUAAGGUGCUACUCAGUGUGAGGGUAUCAGCCUCUGGCUGUAUAAACUGUUUGAACUUUGGGCUGUUCUA